CUUUCCUUCAAAGUCAAGCACCAACCCCAAACUAUGUUCUUCACUUAUUAUUACGUCCAUAAUGGCACGCAUUACACUCUCCCCAACACAUCAUUACAAAACACAACAUUGUUAACAAAAACAAGCAAGCAUCAACCAUCCUCAACUUCAACUCUCCAUCCAUGAUCACCACUUGUAUCACCAUAUCAAAAAAGAGAUUCAUUAAAUGAAACACAAAACUCUUUAGAGAGAGUUAGUUAUCAUUUCUGGUUAACAAAAGCAAGCAUCAAAGCAUUCAACCAUUGCCAUCCUUGAUCACUUGAAUUCAUCUCCAUCGAUCACACCAUUCACCAUGCUUCAUCUUCUUUACCUCUCCUUCUUGUGUUCCCUCCCCCACAUCGCACUCUCCUCCCAUUGCACCACCGAAACCACCACCAGAACGUUCGAAAAAUGCAUGAACCUCCCAACGCAACAAGCCUCCAUAGCGUGGACAUUCCACCCCCACAACUCGACCUUAGAACUAGCCUUCUUCGGAAGCUUCAUCUCGCCUUCAGGUUGGGUCGGGUGGGGCAUAAAUCCCACAUCGCCGGAGAUGACCGGAACACGUGCCCUAAUAGCGUUUCCAGACCCUAACUCGGGCCAAAUAGUGCUCCUACCUUACAUCCUGGACCCCACCGUGAAGCUCCAAAAGUCUCCCCUACUCUCUCGCCCGCUCGACAUCCACUUGCUCUCCUCCACCGCCACCAUGUACGGCGGCAAGAUGGCCACCGUGCACAACGGCGCCGCCAUCCAGAUCUCGGGCGCGGUGAAGCUUCAACCGAACAAGACGAAGAUUCACCUGGUGUGGAACAGAGGAUUGUACGUUCAGGGAUACUCUCCCACCAUUCAUCCAACCACUGCCACCGAUCUGUCUUCGAUUGCCACUUUCGACGUGUUGUCGGGUUCCUCCGCUCCACAGCACGCGGAUCUGACGGCGUUGAGAGUCAUCCAUGGCAUCAUUAACGCCGUCUCGUGGGGGAUUAUGCUUCCGAUGGGAGCCAUCAGCGCGCGGUACCUUAGGCACAUUCAGACACUUGGACCUGCAUGGUUCUAUGCGCAUGCAGGAAUACAACUAUUGGGUUUCGUUGUGGGAAGCGUUGGAUUUGGCAUCGGAAUCCGGUUGGGGCAACUCUCACCGGGAGUGGAGUACAGUCUCCACCGUAAGCUGGGAGUAGCGGUGUUUAGUCUUGGCGCGUUGCAAACUCUUGCUUUGUUAUUCAGACCAAACGCAAGGAACAAGUUCCGAAAGUAUUGGAAGUCGUACCACCACUUUGUAGGGUACUCGUGUGUGGUGCUUGGCUUCGUCAACGUCUUCGAGGGGUUCGAGGUUAUGGGUGCCAGCAGGUCCUACGCUAAGUUGACUUACUGCUUGGGCCUCUCUACUCUCAUCGGAGUCUCCAUUGCUUUGGAGGUCAACUCUUGGGUCGUUUUCUGUAGGAAAGCUAAGGAAGACAAAAUGAGGAGAGAGGGACUCAUUGGAACUUCUGAUAAAGGAAGUGCAAGUGGCAUUCAUAACUAGUACAGUAACAUCUUAAUUGCUCUUCAUUUCUCUUUCACUACAUUUUUCUGUGUGUCAAAAUUAUGAUUUUCAAAAAACAUAUAGUACUUAACAUUCCCUUGCUAGACGAGGUUUACUUAUGAGAGCAAUUUUAGAGGGAUGGUAUUCAUCGAUGUAAAUUCUGGUGUUGCUGUUGCUGUUGGGGAAGCAUUAAUGCCUUUGGACAUAUCAAAUCACAUGCUGUUGCAACUUGCAAGUUUAAACAUCUCUCCUCCGAAUGUCGAUGGAUUUCAGUUUUAUAAAUAAGUUUUAAUGUAUAUUUAGUAUUAUUGACGCAAAAUUUUCAUCCACAUUGAUCACAUUUAAUGAAAAUUUUCCUUUUAAUUGUAACUUUUUUUGUCUAUAAUAAUCAAAUAUGAGACUC